CACACUCACUCAAUUCUAACUCAGACAAAAGGAACCAUAAUCAUGUCUACUUCCACACAACUUCUCAAUUAUAGAAAACUCAUAUAUUAUCUCUUUCCAUUUUCAAACUAGGUAACAAUGUCCAUUACUUUAUCUCUUUCAUUUUUUCACUCAAAAUUUUAUCAAAAGAGUCUCUGUGAAAAUAGUUGCAAGGCUGAUUCCGUGUCAUCCAUCAUCGUCAGUAUUUUACUUGUUGCCUCUCCCUCGAUUUGAUCGUUCCUCUCUCUCUCUCUUCUGAGAACUGAGAUUUGAGAAAGAAUUGCUUGCGCUGUUUGUUUCUCUCUCCUGCUUUUCUUUGCAGUGCAGGAAACGAGGGGGAGAGUUUCAUUGGGAAGGUAAAAUCCACCCUUUAGUUGCACCAUUUCCUCAGCCAUUUACAUCACCAUCCACCACUCUCUUCUUUUCUUCUUCUACUACAACAAAUCCCAGUCAGUUUAUGCGUGCAUCUUUCUCUUUUUCUCUCUCUCUACUCAUGCUCCACUGAGAGCUUCAAUGGGUGGUGUUAAAGGUUUAUUAUAAGAAAGACCCAGCACCCGUUUUCCAAGCAAAAUUGCUUAGAUUUUGUCAGGAAAGCCACAGUAGGGGAUAAUAAAAAACAAGCUCUUCCACUUCGUGCAUCAGACCAGAACUACAGCAACAAGAUCACUGUUUUGGAUUUUUCUGUAAAAGGCCUGAAACUUGAAGCAUAAAAUCCGGGGGAACCCUGAAGACAACUCAUCUCGGGAGCAAAAGUAGAGGGAGAGAGAAAAAGGAGAGAAGGGCUUAAUAUUUUAUUUUUUCCUCUUCAUGUGAUAAGCUGAGUUGUAAAUUUCUGAAUAUAAUAGGUAGGGUGAACGGAUAAGAGUGUGGAUGGGUGUGUCUGUGAAUUGGUGAGGAGGCAAUGGAGGGUGGUUCUAACGAGGCUUCCAGUGUGAUGGGUUUUGGAGAGAAUACAAGUAGUAGUGGGGUUUGUCCAAUGAUGAUGAUGCCUUUAGUGACUUCUCAUCAUGCUGGUCAUCAUCCAUUAAAUCCUAAUCUUAAUAAUCCUAAUCGUAAUCUUAAUGAACACACGAACACAGACACUCUCUUCCUUCCCAUGCCUAGUACUAAUAACAAUCACCACCCAAACCCAAACCGCAGUAGCAUCCACCACAUUAACCACAACACCAACACCUCUGAGUUAGGGUAUUUCAUGGAGAUCCACAACCGCAACACGAACAACAGCAACAACAACGAUGGAAGUUCCUCUUCUUCUUCUUCUGCUGUGAAGGCCAAGAUCAUGGCCCAUCCUCACUAUCACCGUCUCUUGGCAGCCUACGUCAAUUGUCAAAAGGUUGGGGCGCCACCUGAAGUGGUGGCAAGGCUAGAAGAAGCAUGUGCAUCUGCUGCAGUGACUAUGGCAGGUGGAACCGCUAGAAUCGGUGAGGAUCCGGCGCUGGACCAGUUCAUGGAGGCUUACUGUGAGAUGCUGAUCAAGUACGAGCAAGAGCUCUCCAAACCCUUCAAGGACGCCAUGCUCUUCCUUCAAAGGAUCGAGUGCCAGUUCAAAUCUCUUACUAUUUCUUCUUCCGACACUGCUUGUAAUGAAGAUGGUGAUAGGAAUGGAUCAACUGAAAAUAUGGAUGUACGUAACAACAUGAUAGAUCCACAGGCAGAGGACCAAGAACUGAAAGGUCAACUCUUGCGUAAGUAUCGUGGAUACCUAGGUAGUUUGAAGCAGGAAUUCACGAAGAAGAGAAAAAAGGGGAAGCUGCCGAAGGAAGCAAGGCAACAAUUACUUGAUUGGUGGAGCAGACACUACAAAUGGCCUUACCCAUCUGAAUCUCAGAAACUGGCUCUUGCAGAGUCAACAGGGCUGGAUCAGAAGCAAAUAAACAACUGGUUUAUUAAUCAAAGGAAACGACACUGGAAGCCUUCGGAGGACAUGCAAUUUGUGGUGGUUGAUCCAAGCCAUCCACACUACUACAUGGAAAAUGUUCUGGGCAAUCCCUUUCCCGAUCUCUCCCACACAAUGCUCUAGAAAACCUUUUAAUCUGCUCCAACCAAACCUAUGUGUUCUGUCAAAAAUUCAAGGUCUUAAUCAUAUAUAUAAUAAGUAUGUUACUUUAGUCAGUAAGUAACCAUAUUUACACAGUAAAAAAACAUGUCUCAAAUGUUAAUCUUAAAAAGGAUUUACCUUCUGCACUUGUAAUAUUAAUUCGUAAUGAAGUCUUUUUCGUAAUUCAGUAAU